AUGGAGACAUUUUAUGGAUCCAACCAUUUGUAUAAAUGUUUGAAUUUGCAUAGCAGAUUACAUCUUAGAGAAUGUUGUGGUAGAUAUGAAAUUGCUGAUAAGUUUGAGAAGGGAAAAUACCUCUUUUGUGUUUACGUUAACGAGUUCUUGAACAUAUUUAAAAUAACUUAUGAAAAGAUUUGGAGUACAGAAAUGCUUAAAAAGAUAAUUAAUAAUUAA